UCUCUCCCUGGCUCUGGGAGGGGAGUGGGGCCGGGUGGGUUAGAGCGGGGGGGCUGGGAGCCAGGAUUCCUGCGUUCCAUUUAGCUAUUUCCGUGUUGAAAGCGGGAGGUCGGGCCUCUUUCACGGGGUGGGGGAAUUGUGCCCCAUAGAAAGCAGAGCCAAGUGCAUGCUGGGAAAUGCAAUAAAUUCUCUCCAAUCGGCUGCUCUCCCCGCUGAGCUCUGAGAGCCGCAGGGAGAGGCGGGGUGCUGCUCCUUCCGUCUGUGACUUUGAACCCAGGCGAUCGGCGAAGGAGAGGGAAUGGAGUGUGUUCUCCGGCCCUGCAGGGCUGAAGACUGCGCGGAGGUCAUGCGGAUGAUAAAGGAGCUGGCGGAGUUUGAGGAGCUCCCGGACCAGGUACAAAUCAGCGACCAAGUGCUCAGGGAAGACGGUUUCGCCAACGACCCUUUCUACAGAUGUCUGGUGGCCGAGGUCCCGCCUGAGCAUCGGAGUCAAGACGGACACACCGUCGUAGGGUAUGGCCUCUAUUUCUUCACCUACAGUACCUGGAAAGGCAGGAAUAUCUACAUGGAAGACCUGUACGUCAUGCCUGAGUUCAGAGGUAAAGGCAUUGGCAAGAAGCUUAUGAGUAAAAUUGCAGAGAUCGGUGUGGAGAACAGAUGCACCCAGCUGAAGUUUGUGGUGCUGGACUGGAAUCGAACGGCCAUCGACUUCUACCAGGGCCAGGGGGCGGUGGACCUCACGACCGCGGAGGGCUGGCACUUCUUCCACGUCGAAGGAGAUGCCCUGAAGCAGCUGGCGCAGGGGCAGCUGGGACACUGACGUGGCCACCAACCCCCACGCCCCUCCCAGAGCCGGGGAGAGAAGCCAGGUCUACUGGCUCCCAGCCAUCCCCCCCUUCUAACCACUAGACCCUCCUUCCAGGAGGCCUGGCUGGGGAGAUCACAAUCAUCUGUCCUGGCCUUGGAAUCUAGAAAUCUACCCAUGUAUUUAUUAAAUAAAACCUUACCAAAACAA